AUGUUCAAAGCCCUUGUCUUCUGUGCAAUUAUUGUCUUUGCUUUUGCUCAGCUCAACAACGAGAUUGACAACAGCUUGCUGGAAGAGAACGUAGUUCCCGGAGAGGAUUUCCCAGAAGAAGAGACCAAAAUUCUCCCAACUAGCAUUGAUAUUGACAAAUUCAGAGAAUCCUUCGCAACCAAGAACGUGCGUGAACGAUUCUUGCCAUCCAAGUAA